UCAUAGUAAUGAACAAAGAACUGUCCUUAUAUAUUUCUUUUGAUGUACAUUUUAUCCCAUUGCCAGUUUUUCUUAGACUUUUGAACUUUUAGUUCAGUAGUAAAACAUAUCAAAUGUUUAAAGUUUCUGGCUGAGUCUGAUACAAUAUCAAAAUGUUUUUAUAUGUACAUAUAUGUAAAAGCUCUAUUCAGAAGAAAUAUGUUGACAAAAGUUAUGCAUUAAUGAGGACCUUAGAGUUUCUUAUCUUGAAAUAACCACAUAAUGGCUGUUCCAUAAUAAACAAGCUAUUCUAAUUUAUUGGCAAAAAACAAACAAACAAGAAGGACAAAGAUAAGGCUGAUGCUGUUAUCAUCAUGGAAGUCAUAUGAUGUAGAGGACUGAAGAUACUCUUUUUCUAAUUGUCUUUAAACAUGUAAGGUUUACAGGGAUGUAGCGAGGAAAGACUAAAAAAAAAAGCAAAAAUGAACUAAAACCAGCUGAAAAGGAUUUAGUUUCUUGAUUUUACUUCUUGUCAGGCUUUUUAAGUUUGACACUGCAAAUGUCAGAUAUAACUCCUUUCCCUGAAAAUACAGGUACAAUUAAAGAACGUUAAUUUAAAUGAUCAACCCGAGGAGCAGAGGGCUCAUUUUGGGGACGUUUUGUGCUACCUUUGCAUUACAGUACUGUACCCCCCACCCCCACAGAUGUACUAUUUUAACAACAGUGUGAGCGAUACAAGUAUUCACGCCUCCCUAUCUGCAGCUGAUAAGAGACGACACUUCAGGCUGUUCACAAAGAUUUGAUGUUUGUGUUGGGCUGAAGGGGAAAAGUUGGUUUAGGAGCAGAACACUGAGGACACAUGGACGCUGUGUUGAGACUGUUAUUACUGCUGCUCGGAGCUUCUCAUGGUUUGGAAACAUUCUGUGAUGGCAGACAGGAUAGAGCUCAGUGUUAUGGAGCUCUGGGAGGAACUGUGAUCAUUAAGCUGAUGGACGAUGCCUCACAGAUAUAUAAAUACCAAUGGUUGAAUAAAACAGCAGUGAUACUAAAUGCAAGAAGAAGUAGGGUAGUGCAUAAUCUGAUAGGAAAGAGAUCCUCAUUUACUCCCACUGAUGGAACAUUCAGGAUCAAUGACCUGCGUUCAACUGAAGAGGGGGAAUAUACCUUUGAAAUCUUUGAUUCUCAUGGAUACAAAUUACUGCAUCAGACUCUGCAGCUGACCAUUCAAGCUCCUGUGUCCUCUGUCAUGCUGGUCUUUAAGUGUCUGCCCCAGGGUCAGAUGAGGGUCUCCUGCUCCUCUCAGGAGGGGGACAGUCCUCAGUACAGCUGGACUCUGGAUGGAUCAACACUAAAGGACUCUCAGCUCCUCUCUGGAAGUCAUCAAACAAACAACAUCACUCUGAAAGAAGAUGUGUCAGGACGACUAGUGUGCUCUGUAAGGAAUCACGUCAGUAGGAUAUCUGCCUGUGGCCCCAUUUACAUCAACUGCACCUUACCUGAUGGGACACUCAUACCACACUGGGCUGUCAGAUCCAAAGACAACACGUGUGUUGAGCCUGCAAUAACCCCAGACUGGAUUAAUACGGAGGACCUCUACUUGCACCAGUGUGAUGUAAUAACGACCAUGGUGAUUCUGUUUUUAAUUGGGAUUGCCAUCUGUUUUGUUUGGAAGAGAAACAAAGUCAAGAAAGCAAAAGGGUUUGCAGUCAGAGAGAUUAUGGAGAAUGAAAAUCCAUUUGCUUUGAUGGCUGAAACUACAAGUUCUGGAUCUAAACUUCCAUAUCUCCUUGAUUUUGACUCUUGGCCUUUGUAAUGGUCCACAUGUCUCUAUGGAUGCUUGAAUUGUCCUGAGAGUAGAAUUUCUCUUCUGUUUGUAAAUUCAUUUCUGCCUACGCUGUUAAAAGCUUUGCUGAUCACUUUGAAUA